AUGAUGAGAGAAGAUGAAAAGUUUGUAUGUUUUUCCAUUCUCGCAUUGAUUGCAUUUGGAAUGGUGAUUGGUGACGCUGAGGCGGCAAUAGGAUUGCCACCUGAGGCUGCACCAUUGAUCCGCCAUUUUUAUAAGGUGCACAAUACAUGUGCCAACGUUGAGCCAUUUGUUCGGCAUCAGGUGGGACUCGUGUAUGCUAAUGACAGAACAGUUGCUCCAAAGCUCAUCAAGCUUCUAUAUGCAGAUUGCAUGAUCAAUGGAUGUGACGCCUCUAUUCUACUAGAUGGACCAAAUGCAGAGAAGACAUCACCAAUUACCCGAGGACUAGGAGGAUUUGUGCUUAUUGACAAAAUCAAGCUAGUCUUGGAAGCACGAUGCCCAGGAGCGGUCUCAUGUUCAGACAUUCUCAACCUUGCAGCCCGUGACGCCAUUUAUUUCUCGGGUGGACCAUCUUAUCCGGUGUUCUUGGGAAGAAGGGACGGCCUAGAAUCAAAUGCAGCAUGGAUAGACCUCCCCCCACCUUCAAUCUCGUGGGAAUCAUCUUUGGCAUACUUCAAAUCUAAAGGUUUAGAUGUGCAAGACAUGGCUACCCUCUUAGGAGGACAUAUGAUGGGCAGAGUUCGAUGCAGUAACAUCCUUGACCGCCUGUACAAUUUCAACAAUACUGGAAAACCUGACCCCAGUAUGGAAGCAUCUACACUGAGUUACUUGCGAAACGAAUGCCCUCCGAAAGUGAAGCUGGGACAACACAACCCCCUCAUAAACUUAAACCCCAGUAACCCCACUCAUAGUUUCACCAACUCCUACUACUCGAGAGUGUUAGCCAAUAAAGCUGUUCUAGGAGUUGACCAACAGCUACGCUAUGGUGGUGACACAUAUGAGCUAACUGAUGAAUUUGCUGCAGGGCUUGAAGAUUUCAAAGGGGAGUUUGCAUAUUCAAUGAGUCGGAUGGGAGGGCUCAAAGUUCUCACAGGAACCAAGGGUCAGAUUCGACUCAACUGCCGUAUGGUGAACAAGUAGA